GGCAGGGAGAGUCUCAGCCGAGAGGAGGGAGCUGGCCGGGCAGCUAGCAGAAGUGCGGCGCUUGGAACUGAUUUGGUUGGAUUUUACUGCCGAAAUUGAGGAUAAAACGCGAAUAAAUGAUUAUUAUAGUACAAUAGGGUUGGUGUUAAAUUGAAUAUACGGUCUAAAGACCCUGUAAGAGAGAAUAUAAAGAGUUUACAGCGAGCGGAAUGUGGCUCAGUGGCUAAUCCUUCCUCUUCAUUCAAAGUAAAUUGGCUUUCUGCGGGUUUCUGUUGGGAGUACGAGACUGACUGAUUUCACAGUUAAAGGAUGACUGAAUAUAAGUUAGUGGUAGUAGGAGCAGGAGGCGUUGGGAAAAGUGCACUCACCAUCCAGCUCAUCCAGAACCACUUUGUGGACGAGUACGACCCCACCAUUGAGGACUCCUACAGAAAGCAGGUGGUGAUCGAUGGGGAGACGUGUCUACUGGACAUCCUUGACACUGCAGGUCAGGAGGAGUACAGCGCCAUGAGAGACCAGUACAUGAGGACUGGCGAGGGCUUCCUCUGUGUGUUUGCCAUCAAUAACGUUAAGUCUUUUGAGGACGUGCAUCUCUACAGGGAGCAGAUAAACCGGGUGAAAGACAGUGACAGUGUCCCAAUGGUAUUGGUGGGGAAUAAGAGUGAUCUGAGUACUCGCACAGUGGAGACACGUCAAGCACAAGAGCUUGCUCGUGGAUAUGGAAUCCCAUUUGUUGAAACGUCUGCCAAAACACGGCAGGGGGUAGAAGAGGCCUUUUACUCUCUGGUCCGAGAAAUCAGAAGAUACAAGGAGACGAACCGCAGCAACAAGAAGAGCAAGAAACACACACAGAGACGUUGCAUUCUUUUAUAGCAAUACUUACCCACUCUUGCACUACAUUCCUGGAAUAGCACUGUGCUCGCACACACACAGACACACACACACAUUCUACUGUAGCAUCUCGACCCCUCCCCCCUCCACUUUCUCUGCUGAGGAAAAGCUUACUUGCUGCGAGGCGAUGAGAUCAUAGCGGAAGUGAUCUGUCAAAAGUCCCAAAUCAGGAACUUCAGCAACAGUGCCAUGGCUGCCACAGGCCUAGCUUUACUCUCCAACCUCUUGUGGGUGCUGUUUUACUAUAAGGGAACACAUUGCUUGCCAACUUCUGAGGUUCCUGUUUGGGACUUUGAAUAUGAGCCUCACUUGGGAAUGUUUGCCAACUUUUUUUUUUUAUUAUUAUUAUUAUUAUUUUUUUUUUUUAUCCUGUCUUAUAUUUUAUUCUGGUUUCAGGUAUUUGACCUCUUUGGGCACCAGAUUCUUCUAUUAAGAGCCUCAAACUAGUCAAGAGCCUCAAACUAGCCUCAAACUCCCCUCCUUCCAGUUUAACUUGUUACAUACUGGUACAAGGGGUUGGACAAUGAAACUGGAUUCAUGGCUAAAUUGGAGCAGCCUGGUGGCCUAUCUUCAUUAAUUGCACAUUGCACCAGUAAGAGCAGAGUGUGAAGGUUCAAUUAGCAGGGUAAGAGCACAGUUUUGCUCAAAAUAUUGCAAUUCACACAACAUUAUGGGUGACAUACCAGAGUUCAAAAGAGGACAAAUUGUUGGUGCACGUCUUGCUGGCGCAUCUGUGACCAAGACAGCAAGUCUUUGUGAUGUAUCAAGAGCCACGGUAUCCAGGGUAAUGUCAGCAUACCUCCGAAAAGGACGAACCACAUCCAACAGGAUUAACUGUGGACGCGAGAGGAAGCUAUCUGAAAGGGAUGUUUGGGUGCUAACCCGGAUUGUAUCCAAUAUACAUAAAACCACGGCUGCUCAAAUCACGACAGAAUUCAAUGUGCACCUCAACUCUCCUGUUUCUACCAGAACUGUCCGUCGGGACAAUAAAGUAUUGUGGUCUAAAACCAGGCGUUUCAGUUUCAUUGUCCAACCCCUGUAGGAACAUCGCAGAUUUUCAACAGUUAUAAAUAAAGUGUUCUUGAUCUUAACAUAGCUCUGGUUACCUUAAAUGAGCUUCUUAACUGUAACCAGCAUGAAAUUGUGCUUCAGAUGUCCUCUUGUAUUUUGUCUUGUGGAGGUAGAACCAAUCCAAUCAAACUCAGCUGCUCUCUCUCUCUCUUGUAUUUUUUUUUCUUUCUUCAUUUGUGAAUGUAGGUGGUUCUGAACUCUUGUAUACCUAAUAUUCCCUUCUUCUACAGACCCAAGGGAAGAGGGACACUGAUAGUCCUUCUAUUCUUGUGUUCAUACACCACUGUUUGUGUCUGAUACCUGGACUGAUGAUACCAGUUUUACCAGUAGUGCUAUCCUUCAAACCAGAAGCUUAGAAAACGCCCAGAGACCACUGUAUUGCAUUCACCCAGCCAUGCUUAUGAAUGAGGGAGGAAUGCAACCCAAACAUAAGAGGCCCAAAGUAUUGCCCGGCCACCUCUCUAAUACAUUCCUUUUGUCAUAGCGAUGAGACGGCUUUAGGAGUGUUCUUUUUUUUUGUGAAUAAAGAGAAUUUUGGCUAAA